UAAAGAACGUCACUGAGUCGAAUCAGUUCUGAUGGGUACCUGACUCACGUUUGGGAAAGAUGCCAUAGUGCUGACUACUCAAUCCCUUCAAAUGCCGAGGUCACUGAAACAGGUUAAAUAUGCUUCAACUGCCACAUGGCGCCAUGUUUGAAAGGUACACUAAAUUUGAUUCUACAACAAUGUCUGACAACGAAAAUGAUAUCGUAACAUCCCUAGCUCCAGAAUUCCCAACACUUUGGGAGAGAGGGCGUAUUGUAGGCAAUGGGACCUUUGGCCAAGUUUUCAUUGUCAAAGAGAAAGGAGCAGAUGAAGAAAAAUAUGUGGGGAAAGAAAUUAGAAUUUCCAAUGCUAAGAAAGAUCGUGCUGAGAAUAUAGUAGAGCUGGACGUCUUGAUGAAAAUCAAACAUCCCAAGAUAGUUUCUUUCUACGGAUACGAGCAAAGUCAAUUCAAUGUGAUCAUCUUCUUAGAGAACAUGAGCAUGGGUUCCAUCCGCGAAUUUUUAAAAGCAAAUGGCGCGUUUCCGGAAGAAAAAAACAGACAAUACACUAGACAAAUUCUUGAAGGCUUAAAAUAUCUACAUGGAAGAAGUCCACCCAUCAUCCAUAGGGACAUCAAAGGUGCCAACAUCCUCCUCAAAGAUGAAACCAGUGUCAAGCUUACAGACUUCGGCUUGUCAAAGGUCAUUCACUCGGCAACCAAUGCAAGGUCAGUGCAUGGGACAUACUAUUGGAUGGCACCGGAGAUAGUUUCUGCUGAUGAAAAGAAUCCCUAUGACGUUAGAGCAGACAUCUGGAGUGUGGGCUGUACUGUUGUUGAGAUGGCCACCACAGUUCCUCCAUAUAAUGACCUUAAACCUACUCAAGUCAUUGUAGCCCUAGCAAAGGAAACAAAGCCUAUGUACACCCUACCAGAGUCUGCAUCAAAUGCCAUGAAACAAUUCUUGGAGCAGACGUUUCAGAUCAAUCCAGCAAGUCGUCCAACGGCAGCAGAACUAAUGGAUCACAUCUUCGUUGCUAAUGUGUAAGGAUAUCUUGGGUUCACAAAGGAAGUUGUUAGCAAUCCUUGCCUCACAAUGUUGUAUCUAUUUCUAUCAUAAAGUUAUGUUUUUCUAACACAGUGUUUUACUGAAUUGCUGUAGGUUUUUUAAAUUUUUUUUUUUUUUUGUACGAGUAACCAAUACAAAUAUUUUGUUGCUUCCAAAGAUCUAGUUAUUUGAUUUGUAUUUAAAUGGUUAAAAAGUUUAAAUUUUAACCUUAGGAACAAAAUCAUCCUAAAUUAUUAAAGCUAUGUAAUGGUCAUCAAAUAAAUAAAUAAUUAUUUUAAAGAGAAAACUUGCUAUUUGAGGAUUUAAUUAAUUACAUAUUCAACUAUAGUGUAUAUUAGAAUAUUAACACAAACUUUGAAAAUAAAAUUUUUGAUCAG